AAGCGUGUUCGAAAUGUAUUGAAGUAUUCGACGAAUUCACACCCACGAAACCGCGAUUCGCUGGUGUACGGACGUCUGAUAACCAUACGCGAUUACCUGGUUGCGUUGCUAUUAAAAUGCCUAGCAUUCCUCCUCAAUGCCUCACGAUUCCUCGAGGAUAACUUGCCACCUUGAUCUUGCUUAGGUAUCACACGACUAACAAUAAUACAGAGUUCCAUAGCUUGCCCAAAUCGAUAGGCUUCAAGGUUGUUGACCUAUUCUCACUAAUUUUUUUUUAUCUAUUCUCUAGACUCUGAGUCGAAUGCGUGAAAUAUAUUUGAAAAUAAUUAGAUUCAUGUUGCUUUUUCCAUCUUCGAAUACUAAUUCUUGAAGCAUAGGUAGAUACAAUUACAACAGAAUAUAUUAUAUUGUAAUAAUAUCCAAGGUCGCCUAUACCAUUAUUGAAAUUAUGGAUUUCUUUUAUGGUAACAACGUUGAUAUUCACAGAGCAUGUAAUUAUUGUUUUAAAAAUGUGUCGAAAGUACAGAUACGCAUGUGUUAUUGUCCAAAAGUGAAUUAAAAGAAGGGCAUCGAAGGUACCUUCGAGACAACCGACAGUAUUCGAAUUCGAGUACUUUACAGAACUAAUGGAAGGAAUCCAAGGAUCUUUAUCAGGCGAAAUUUUUUCGCCAACGUGACGGCGUUAGACGUAGUGUGCACGUGUACUGGACGCACAUGUGCAUCGAUCGCUUACCUGCUACGGAAAAAAAGGGGAAAGAGGAAGAAGAAAGAGGAAAGAAGCGAGUUAGUUGGCAAGAGGUGCCUGUAUCCCUUAACACUCACACUGUUGUAGCCAAAUAGCGAUGGCUUUCAAUCACACACCUUUCGAAUUAAUCCUAAAACAAGCAUUGGAUAAUACUAAAAUCAGGAAAUGUUAAACCGUCCAUUCUUCUAUAUGGUAAACUAUCUGAAUUAAUUUCCACGCUAUAUUUAAUAUAAAAAUUAAUUACUUUUUUAAUAGGGUUCUCAAAAACUCCCCUUCGAAGUUUCCGAAGAUAAUCUUACCUUAGGACUAAUAUUAGAACAACGCUAAUAUCGGGAUUCUACAAGCUCUAGAAAGUUUCAAAAGAUACUAAUCUGUAUAUCUAUAUCUGUAUCUAUAUCUACAUAUAUAUACUACAUCAGAAGAAAUUUGUUCAAGAAUGAUUGAUAAAACGGAGCCAUCGCUAGAUCCAAGCGUGCAGACCGUGUGCAUGUGUAAAAGGCAAGCUUUACCAGCUGUGGAGGGGGCAGACGACGGGACGAGGCGGAUGAAUGAAUGAAUCUUAAGACAGUCGUGUUAAGAGGGGCAUUCACGAAUCCACGUAUCUCUGACUCUGUCUAUCUUUCCAGAAAACUCGUAUCCAAUGUCCCCAGUCGUUCCGUAUCCUUUAACGUGCUAGUUUUAACAAUCGGGUGAUCCUCCAGCCUGGGUCAUACUUAUAAGAGCCAAUGGUCCUGAUUUCUGGCCGACGACCAGUCGAAUUCGUCGAUAGAUCGCGUCACGCCGCUUUCUUCGAGUUCUCCUCGAGGCUACCAGGACAUCAUGGAAGCCACUUUCUUCGGUGAGAAGAAGAUCCUCCCAUGGAAAGGAUAUUCCACGUAUUCUAUUCUCUGAAACCGAUUUCGUAAAAAAAGAGAAAAAAAAAAACAAGGAGAAGAUUGUAAAAAGUGGCUUGAAAUCUGUGCAAUUUUUAUAACUUGAUGGGAACCAGUCGGUGGUUCGCGAUAUUCCGCGCUUCUUCAAACUCUAUGGACCGUCUGUGAGAGAAUAAGAGAGGAGGAAUCAUUGAUUUAUGAUUAAUCUUGUUGGUAUUCAUGGUGGUUGCAAGUUGAGUUCAUGACACCUGAAGAUUUUUCGAAGCAUGGAGAUCUCGCCGAGGAGAAGGUGUUUCUGGCAGCCGUGGCUCACUACGGAGAACUUUCAAACGGUAUACAAACCCGGAGAAGAGAGGCCGAAGACGACGAAUCUCCACCGGAAGCCGAGUAGCGCGUGGCGUAAGGAGCGUAGGAGGGAUCCUAUCCAAAGUGAAGCUCUGGACAUGUCCGCAGCCAGGGUCCAUCAUCAUCAUCAUCACAGCAGGCCCAGCGUGAUUGUUCCUACCACACCGCAACCUGGAACAACUAUCGAGGACACGGCAGUGACGCCCACCCCAUCACUGACGCCGUCGGCGGCAGCAGGAGGCCAAAGAACCGGGGUCAGAACUGUGGGUGGUGUGAGUGACCCUGCAAUAGACGAGCAUUUCAAACGAUCUUUAGGCCUAGAAGAGUACGCUGCAGUUUUUAACGCCACCACUACUGACAAAGAAGCAGGCCUCAGUGUGGAUGAUCACUUUGCAAAGGCUCUUGGGGAAACCUGGACAAGGCUGCAGGCAACUAGCAGAAGCAAGGACUCGACUUAACUGCCGGACAGUUAACCAAAAGUCUUUACCAUCAUCGUUACGUUGUUGCUGUUGCUUCUGUUUUCUUCAUUGUGACAUCCAGUGUGGUUCCAUUACCUGUUUAAUUAACCCAUAAAUUAACGUGAAAUCGCUGUUAAUAUCCGUAGAAGAAACAGUGGGAGCAACCAAUGAACUCUGUAUUAAUAUUAUUAUAAUAUUAUUAUUAUUACUAUUAUUAUUGUUUGGUUCGCGUGGGAAGCAGAACGAAAGAGUACCUAAGUGUCCUUGAAAUGUCAUAGAUGCUCUUGGGUGCAAUCGACGGCGUACCGCGAUUUUUCUAACUUCUUGGGACAAUUGUACUCGAGAUACUGUAUAUAUAGACGCGUAUUCUUUUAAUCAUGCCAUCAUCGCGGCCUCAGAGGCCUCAAGUUAUUUAUUAUACGAUGUUCCAUACUGCCUCGCUAAAUACUAGAUCCGUUCAUUCCUUUUGACUUCUUUUUGCUGCAGUAAGAAUUUGAAGAAAAGAAGACUUUUAAGAAAAUUAACGAAGAUUAACCUUCUACAGUUCUAAUUGCAUUCUGUGUGUAAUUGUGCCGAAUUUCUGAUACUUUAGUCUUUCGUUAUAAAUAUACGUUUUCCGUAAUGUCCACCAAUAGUAUAAACGGCACGAAGAGGAAUUGUAUUUUCCUCUAAAAUUAAAAAGAUGAUACUGAUAAAGAAUAAAACGUCGAAUUCGGUUCGAUGUAGGACCGUAUGGAAUUAGAACUACUGCAGCUGUUGGAAGAGAAAGUAUAAUGAACGGUGCGACUUGUACGUAAUUAAUUAUUCGCCUAAACGUAUUACGUGUACAUAUAUAUGUACUUAGUAUAUAUGUAUGUAUGUUACAUAUAUUUCGCAAUACAUAUAUAUAUAUAUAUAUAUAAGUAAUGCGUAUGUUGUAAUUAUAGAAAACCGAGAGUCUUUAUAAAGAACGUAGAGGAUAAGCACGAAACCGUAUAAAUUGAACCGGUUGUUGCACAAACUUGUAACACGUGUUCACCUCGUGUAACUAUAUAUAUAAUUAUAUAUAUAUAUAUAUACACACAUUGUAUCAAAGAGAAGAGAAAAAAGAAAACGAAAGAGGAUACAUAAGAAAUCGA